AUGUUUUAUCUAUUCUUUUUAAUUGCCACACUCAGUGCAGACUUUUGUGACUUUAAUAAUGAUGGACACUUUUAUGAAGGAACUGGAGCGUGUCCCGAGACUCAAGGUGUUACUUACAGUUAUAGACAUAUACAAAUAGACAAUAUCCCAUAUGAGACCAUCACACUUGAGGAUGUCGAUUCUUUUGUAGACUUUGGUUCGAGCACUUCUGAAUGUACUGCAAAGACAAUUAUAGUCAAAAGAUCAAAAGGAUUUUCGAAUGUGAAAUACUACUUUUUUAAAGGGACUUUUGAAAUCCAAUUACAAGGAAACUUUACAAAAAAAGUAGCACUUGGAAAUGAUGUUGACGACCUAAUUUUCCAUAUUGGAGAUUCCAAAAUAUCUUUCACAAAUUCCGAAGAUCUCAAAUAUGUUGUGUUGUAUAAAAACGCUCCAUCCCAAAGUGCAAACACUAUUGGAUUUACUGGGAAGUUCCAAGUGAAAAACACAGAGACCUUUGAUAACAUGUGCGACGUGACUUACUCAGGAAAUGAUUUAGAGUUGAUCAACACAAACGAGUUUGAACAAAAGAUGUGUGGAGAAGUGAAUUAUUAUAUCAAAUGUAAAGGUGCGACAUCAUCGCAGAUCACAUGUGACACCAACAAAAUCAACAUGGAUUUAGCAAUCAAUUCGACAACUUCUUUCACUUUAUAUGGUUAUAUCGGUAAAGUGUUUGUAACAACUUCUACCGCUCCAUACAUCAAAAUUGUUACAACUACAAGUGGUGAUGAUGUGAAGAUCUCUGCACUUGAAAAUGCAUACACUUUGAUAGUUUUAACUAGUGACAAUGGUAAAGUGACUGCAACUAACAUAACAAGUGGCGACAUUCAAUUUACAAACAACAAUAAAAUGGUUCUUUCAACAAGCGCAGACAUUAAAUUGAUACAAGCCGAAAGCGUCGAGGUCACAAUUAAGGCGACAAAUGGGAAGAUGUGUAGUGUAGUGGACAGCACACUAACAGUGGGUUCUACUGGUGAUUGCGCGACGGUGAAAUAUGACAACGGAUUCACAUGCGUUGCUGACGAACCUUCAGAAACACCAAGCGAGUCUUCGGAACAAAGUUUGUCUUCUUCUACUGUAAUUUCAUCGGGCUCUCCAAGUCCCUCUUCAGACGAACAAAGUGACGCCAGUCGUCAAUCAACUGAUUCGAACAAUUCAAGUGAUGAAGAGUCAAGUAGUCAGAGUGGUGAAGACAGUAGUUCAUCACAAAGCACAAGUUCGGAUGGAAGUGAGUCAGUGUCGUCUUCAAACAGUCAAGAGAGUUCUAAUGAUUUAGAUAAUAGUUCAGUUACUAGUAAUAAUAGUAACGAGAGUAAGUCGAGUGGAGACUCAAGUGAGGAGAGUGAAUAUUCUAAUAACACAUCAAGUGACAAUAUAGAGUCUUCAGACAAUACACAUAAUGGGUUGAGUGGUGGUGCUAUAACUGGAAUAGUUUUGACUGUGUUAAUAUUGGUCAUAUUGAUUAUAGUGGUCUCUGGUCUUCUAGUCUAUUUCUUGCUCAUCAAAAAGAAAAAAUCGGAAUUUAAUCAGUUUUAA